AUGAAGAAGGAAGAGGAAGGGGAAGAAGAAGGAAGAAGAAAGAAAAGGGAAGAAGAGGAAAGAAGAAGAAGGAAGAGGAGGAGGAAGAAGAAGAAGGGGAAGAAGGGGAAGAAGAAGAAGGGGAAGAAGGGGAAGAAGAGGAAGAAGGGGAAGAUGAGGAAUAAGAGGAAGAAGGGGAAGAAGAGGAAGAAGAGGAAGAAGGGGAAGAAGAGGAAGAAGGGGAAGAAGAGGAAGAAGGUUAUGGGUGAAGAAGGAAGAGGAAGGGGAAGAAGAAGGAAGAAGAAGAUAGAAAAGGGAAGAAGAGGAAAGAAGAAGAAGGGGAAGAAGAAGAGGAAGAAGGGGAAAAAGGGGAAGAAGAGGAAGAAGGGGAAGAAGAGGAAGAAGGGGAAGAAGAGGAUGAAGGGGAAGAAGAGGAAGAAGGGGAAGAAGGGGAAGAAGAGGAAGAAGAGGAAGAAGGGGAAGAAGUGA